ACAAGGGAGGGAGGGCGCGGUCGGGCCGCUGCGUCGGGGCCCGGAGGCGCUAGGCGGGCUCUCCUCAGUCAGGUUCACGCAGAAACGCGGGGUGCCAUGGCGCUGCGGGGCGUCUGCGUCGUCGAGCUGGCGGGCCUGGCCCCGGGUCCGUUCUGUGGUAUGAUCCUGGCGGACUUCGGGGCCCAGGUGGUGCGUGUGGACCGGCCCGGCGCCGGCGGCGACGUGAGCCACUUGUCCCGGGGCAAGCGCUCGCUAGUCGUGGACCUGAAGCGGCCGCGGGGAGUGACCGUGGUGCGGCGCCUGUGCGCCCGCGCGGACGUGGUGCUGGAGCCCUUCCGCCGCGGUGUCAUGGAAAAACUUCAGCUCGGCCCACAGAUUCUGCUGAAAGAGAAUCCAAAACUCAUCUAUGCCAGGUUGAGUGGAUUUGGCCAUUCAGGAAGUUUCUCUACGGUAGCAGGCCAUGACAUCAACUAUUUGGCUUUGUCAGGUGUCCUGUCAAAACUUGGCAGAAGUGGUGAGAAUCCGUAUGCUCCACUGAAUCUCCUGGCUGACUUUGGUGGUGGUGGCCUCAUGUGUGCACUGGGCAUCAUGAUGGCUCUUUUUGAACGCACACGCUCUGGCAAAGGUCAGGUCAUUGAUGCAAGCAUGGUAGAAGGAACAGCAUACCUAUGUUCUUUUCUGUGGAAAACUCAAAAAACAGGACUGUGGGAACAACCUCGAGGAGAGAACUUACUAGAUGGUGGAGCACCUUUCUACACAACUUACAGGACGGCAGAUGGGGAGUUUAUGGCUGUUGGAGCACUAGAACCCCAGUUCUAUGAGAUGCUGAUCAAAGGACUUGGGCUAAAGUCUGAUGAACUUCCCAGUCAGAUGAGCAUGAGUGAUUGGCCACAAAUGAAGAAGAAAUUUGCAGAUAUAUUUGCAAAGAAGACAAAGGCAGAGUGGUGUCAGAUCUUUGAUGGCACAGAUGCAUGUGUGACUCCGGUUCUGACUUUUGAAGAGGUUGCCCAUCAUGGUCAUAACAAAGAAAGGGGCUCAUUUAUUACUGAUGGGGAGCAGGCUGUGAGUCCCCGCCCUGCUCCUCUGCUGUCGAACACCCCAGCUAUUCCUUCCAAAAGGGAUCCGUUUGUAGGGGAACACACUGAAGAGAUACUUAAAGAAUUCGGGGUCAGCCAGGAAGAGAUUGAUCAGCUUAUAGCAGAUAAAAUUAUUGAAAGUAAUAAGCUGAAAGCUAGUCUCUAAGUGCAGGCACCUCAGUGUGUUAGUGUAGGCAGAAGAGGGCUGUGGGGAGAGGGAGGAGGAAAGGAAGGAGAAGUGCGCAGAGAAAAAAGGACAUGAGAUCAUCCUUAAGAAAAAGUGCAAAGAGCUACCGGACCAGCCAGAACUAGAUUUCGGUGGCCCAAGAACAGAUCCAGGAGGCCAUCUUGCCCCUCAAGGUGAACUUUAGCUCAUUAUAAUAUAAUAGAUCGAAGUAUUAUUAGCGUUGUGGUUUAGCAAAAUCUCCACCCCCUGUACCGCCAUGACAGUUCCGACUGAAGCCAAGUAAGAACAAAAUGCCUCCUCCGGAUGGGAAGGAGUGCUCUGUGAGGCACCGCCUAGAACACCUGUCAUGCCACCCCUAAAACUUGAAUAUUUCUCAUCCUCAUUUUAGAAGUGAUAAAUUCCUAAGCCUCUUUGUUCUUCCGUGCAGUUGCUCUUCUCCAGGCCUGCCCACUCUCCGUUCUUGAGAGUGUACUGUCCUAGUUUAAUAAAUUCACUGCUUGCUUGGCUCA